AUGUCAGAUGUUCUUUUGGUGCUUCUUUUACGGUUGUUUUCUACAUCAAAGUGAAUUUUAUUUUUUCAUUUAGAAUAAAUAGAACCAUUAUUUAUGGGAACAACAAAAUAAUGUCACACUUCAAGCAAAGCAAUCCCAGCAACAGUUUAACAUCGAGAACGAUCUACAUUAAUCCAAAUUUUAACAAACAUAAUACUAAAGUUUGUGAUGGAGCAGCAGACACUGGAAAAACUAAAAUAAUAUCAUCUGGUGCACACAUUAACCCAUUGUUUUUGGGAGCUUAUCGAGCACCCGCAAUACAUAUGAACCCCAACUUUCUCAAAAACAAACUCGUGGAUCAACGAAAUUACAAAGAAAUAAAUACAAUCUCUUUAGAUAGGCAUUUACAGCAAGAUAUAACCAAUCAGUGUUCACGUACGAGUCAGAUAUCAGACAUACCAAUUUUGGUCGCUAACCCGAAUGAAUCUAUAGAAAGGAAAAGUUCAUCUCAAAAAAUUAUAAGCAAAUCGAGGACAAAAAUUGUUCGUGAACCAGCUGUAAUAUAUAAAAUUCCGUUGCCACCGCCAGCACCCCCCCUCAUACGUUUAAGUAGUAAAAAGUUGGUGAGACGUACACAUGAAUUUCCAGCAAUCAACUUAUCCCACAGUAUUACCCCCGCAUCCACUAUUAGCACAAUGGGAAAGUACAAACUGGUUCGAAAAGUCAAAAUAACCGGCAACGAGACUAAAAGUAAAGCCAUAACAUCAGAAAUUAAAUUAAAACGCAAAACUUUUGUGGCACGCUAUGCACUACAACGCUCGAAUUCCGAUCCCAAAAUGUCUUCAACAUCAUCUAAACUUCGGUCAUUGCCCGUCAACAAGAAGCUACAGAUGUUGAACAUCAACGGUGUUCUCUAUAGAUCAACUCGCAACAAAUUACAAAGAAAAGAUGCAAGCGUACCUCCAAAUCAAAUAGGAUCAAUAAAAAUGUCCGCGUUAAACACAAAGUCAAAUUCUAUUAAAGACGCAACCCAGAAAUCCAGCAAAAGUUCUUAUGGCCGUGUACUAUUUGUGAGCGGAACGAAAUUCAUAUUAGAUAAGAAUGGGUUCAAACUAACACGUAUUCCGCCUACGUGCAAGGAGAAUUUGCCAAACAUCCAAAAAUCGGGUGAAACUCAUCAAAGGCAGCGACAACGCAUUGACAUUGGCGGAUUGACCUACAUCGCUUCCACAACCCAAAAUGUGUUUGUUCGGACCCGCAACCACUUGGCAUUAGCACAUUUGAAUACAGCAAAAAGUCGCAGUCUGCACCUGCUGACACGUCGACUGGUUAAAAGUAAUAUCCCGUGUGCCAUUUUCCAACGCUUAGGCAAGUGUAUUGCCCAUGAACGGGGGAAGUGCAACAGAGUGCACGAUAAGCGACAAGUUACUAUAUGUCCGCGGUUUUUGCGCGGUGAAUGCAACAAUUCCGAGUGUUUACUUUCGCACAAUGUGUCGCUUGCGAAAAUGCCAGUUUGUAAAUUCUUUUUGCAAGGUGUUUGCGUUCGCACAGACUGCCCUUAUCUACACAAAAAACUCAGCGUCAACGCGGAUGUAUGCCCAGAUUUUUUGCGGGGAUACUGCAACUUGGCACAGCAGUGCAACAAACGUCACGAAUUCGUGUGUCCAGAAUAUGAGCGCAGUGGGAACUGUGAAGUAGGUAGUUGUAUAUAUUGUAAGAAUCGCAAAAGAAAACUUUUAAAUGAGCAACCGAAUCAACAAAGUAAAGCAGUUAUUGCAUCGAUAAGAAAGGAAAGUACUGUACCUGACAGUCAAGAAGACUCAGGAGUGGCACUUCGGUAUUUCAUUGGCAAAAGCACAAAUGCGACGACCGGUAACGUAAGUGAAAUCCACGCAGACGCACAAUCAGAACUCGAUUCAGAUCACGAAAUGCCUUCCAUUCCUGUUCGCCCCAAGGUGGGCGCAUUACCUGCCUUUAUACCUCUUUCGCAAAAUAGCAGUGAACUUUAAUUUGGCAAAUGAGCCUUGCAUAUUCAAAUACAUUUUGUCAGGCCACAUUUAAAUUGCAAUUGAUACUGUAAGACUUUUAACUACAAAAAAAGCCUAUCAUACUUUAAAUUAUUUGAACCGCUCCAACGGCAGUUGACUCUACCUUGCAUUAAAUGCUAGGACUUAUUAUUGUUUAUGCUGCUAAGCAA